AAAUGCAUUAUGCUGGUGAUGCUCUAUAGGUUUACACAUUACAUCCAAUAUUUGUAUACGUUCAUAUAAAUUAUGCUACUAUUAUUUAUUUUAUUUAUUUAUUAAAAAAACACAACUCAAGAGUUUCAACAGUUUUGUCACAUAGAGUACAAGACGGGCAAUUUCAGUUCAGUUAGGCUACAUAUGCCUGAGAAUGCAUUAUGCAGGAGAUGGUUUUAAGUGUUGCACAUUAUAUUCAAUAUUUGAAUACGCUUUUUUCCCUUCUGAUGAUUUGGUCAAAUCAGACAAGUCAACUAGUUUCAACAGUUUUGUCACAUACACAGUACAUGAUGGGCAACUUGAAUUCAGUUAAAGGUAUAUACUGAAGAUAUAAAAGGCCUUAACACAUUAAUUAUGCUGACACUUUACACAUUGCAUCCAGUAUUUGACAUAGUGGGACAAUAUGAUAAAUUAUGAGAAAUAAUUGAUGAGAGAAUUCAACAACUGUAGUUUCAACAGGUUUGUCAUACACAACAAUGUGGACAAGUGGAGUUCCGUUGUAGGAAGAUAUCUAGGCCUACUGUACUUGCUGAAACAAUAUGGUUUUGUGGCGUGUAGAAUUAAAUCACCAAGAAAUGAUUUGCUUUUUGUGAAAUUAAACGAUUUGAAGACCAGCAGCUUUAAUGCAACAGUUAACAGCAGCGAUUGUGACCACCACCCCACAUCACAGGCUUUCUAUUAAAUUGCUCAAAACCUGACACCAGGAACGCAGGAUGUGAGCCAAUAUCCUGGCUGUUUCAGGAUGAUUGUUCAGCUUAGACUGGAGGAAGGAACUUGUCAGGAAUUUCCUUUCCAAGGGGAAAAUGUGUUUUUUCCCUUUUGUAUGCAAAUGUUUGUCCCAUGGAGCAGAGAUGUGAGCACCAAACAGAGUAACGCGUGACUGUUCAUGUCUCCCUGGCAUUUGUUGCUGUGUCGCUUUUAGUGUUGUUUUAAAAAAAAUACCCAUAAGCUUGGACCAAUACGCAAAAUUCACUGAGCAAAGGAGCAAGCUUGGCCUGUUUGGGGAUAUUUCGUCGCAAGUGUUUUGAGAAGCGCACUGACUGACGGACUGACCGAGACGCAACGAGAGAAGAGCAAAGCGAAGAGUGGAAAGGAGCGGAGUGGAGUGGAGAGGAGCGGAGUGGAGAGAGACACGAGGAGGAAGGAGGACAAGACGCACAGAAAUACGCGCACGCAUCUUAACGCAAGCAACCAAGCCAGCAAGCACGCUUCCUUCCAUCCAGGCAUAGGGCAGUCUGCCUCUCCGACCCCGGGACUUCCAUGUGUUAGUCCCCCCCUUCACCCCCCCAGCCCCCCACCCCACCACCACCACGCCGGACGGUCUCGAGAAACAGGAUGUCUGUGUCGGGCAAGAAGGAGUUCGACGUGAAGCAGAUCCUCCGCUUGCGCUGGCGCUGGUUCAGUCACUCCUCGCAAAGUUCGGCGGGGGGCAACAGCGGCUACCUGCAGCCCGACGGGCUCGAGCACCUGCGCGGCGGCACACCUGUGCAGGGGCGCCUCAAGACGCACCGGGGCGACCGACUAGGAGGGCUCCGCAAGUCCUCCGGCAACAGCCCCGCUCACCAGCACCAGCACCAGCACCAGCACAACAACAGCAUCCUGGCGCCCAGUCCUGGACCCACGCCGGUCUACUCGAGACCCAGCCAUCAAUCAUGGAACCACAACCAGCAGCACCACCAGCAGCAGCAGCAGCACCAGCAGCAGCAGCACAAUAUCCAGAUUCAACACCUGCAGAGCAGCGGCGGAGGAGGAGGAGGAGGAGGAGAGGAGCAGCUCCCGAAAUCCGUGGGAUCCUUGCCGAACGGCAGAGAGCUGGGGAAAGGGGAGGAGGAGGAGAGGAGCCAGAGUGAGAGUGUGAAGAACAAUAACGUGGAGGACCCCUUGGAGGACGCGGCAAAAGACAGGUUGACCUUGACCAGCUACACCAGGAUGAGCUCGAACAGUUCCGACGAGUUCUUCCAGGCGACCAAUCACGCUGAGCAGACCUUCCGCAAGAUGGAGACGUACCUGCAGCACAAGCAGCUCUGCGACGUCCUGCUCAUCGCCGGAGACCACAAAAUCCCUGCGCACAGGCUGGUUCUGAGUGCCGUCUCCGACUACUUUGCGGCCAUGUUCACCAAUGAUGUAAGGGAGGCGAAACAAGAGGAGAUCAAAAUGGAGGGCGUGGACCCAGAGGCGCUCCGCUCGCUGGUUCAUUUCGCGUACACGGGAGUUCUGGAGCUGAAGGAGGAGACCAUUGAGAGCCUGCUGGCUGCCGCCUGCCUCCUGCAGCUCUCACAGGUCAUCGAGGUGUGCUGUAACUUCCUGAUGAAACAGCUCCAUCCCUCCAAUUGCCUGGGAAUCCGCUCGUUCGCCGACGCGCAGGGAUGCAUGGACCUCCUCAACGUGGCUCAUAAUUACACAAUGGAGAACUUCCUGGAGGUCAUCCAGAACCAGGAGUUCCUGCUGCUGCCCACCAUGGAGAUCGUGAAGCUCCUGGCCAGCGACGACAUCAACGUGCCGGACGAGGAGACCAUCUUCCAGGCGCUGAUGAUGUGGGUGCGCUACGACGUCCAGCACCGGCAGCAGGACCUCGGGGUGCUGCUGACCAACAUACGCCUGCCGCUGCUGCCACCGCAGCUGCUGGCAGACCUGGAGAAUAAUAAAAUGUUUUCGGAGGACCUGGAGUGCCAAAAGCUACUGAUGGAGGCGAUGAAGUACCACCUGCUGCCGGAGAGGCGGCCCAUGCUGCAGAGCCCCAGGACCAAACCCAGGAAGUCUACUGUCGGGGCCCUGUACGCCGUCGGGGGCAUGGACUCCACCAAAGGUUCAACCACGAUAGAGAAGUAUGACCUGCGCACCAACACGUGGAUCCAGGUGGGCAUCAUGAACGGGAGGCGGCUGCAGUUCGGCGUGGCUGUGAUCGACAACAAGCUCUACGUGGUGGGCGGGAGGGACGGCCUCAAGACCUCCAACAUGGUGGAGUGCUACAACCCCAUCAGCAAAGUCUGGUCCACCAUGCCCCCCAUGUCUACGCAUCGGCACGGCUUGGGCAUUGCGGUGCUGGAGGGGCCCAUGUAUGCGGUGGGGGGCCAUGAUGGAUGGAGCUAUCUGAACACGGUGGAGAGGUGGGACCCGCAGGCCAGGCAGUGGAACUACGUGGCGAGCAUGGCCACGCCGCGCAGCACCGUGGGAGUCACCGCUCUCAACGGAAAGUUGUUUGCGGUGGGUGGCCGGGAUGGGAGCUCGUGCCUUCGCUCAAUGGAAUGUUUUGAUCCCCACACCAACAAGUGGAGCAUGUGUGCGCCCAUGUCCAAGAGGAGAGGGGGCGUGGGUGUGGCCACAUUCAACGGUUUCCUGUAUGCAGUCGGAGGCCAUGACGCACCCGCCUCAAAUAACUGCUCUCGCCUCUCCGACUGCGUUGAAAGAUACGAUCCAAAAACCGACACAUGGACAACCGUGGCAUCACUCAGUGUUUCCCGGGAUGGUGUUGGCGUUUGUCUCCUUGGUGAUAGACUGUAUGCAGUAGGGGGAUAUGAUGGACAGUCUUACCUAAAUACUGUGGAGUCCUAUGACGCUCAAAACAACGAAUGGGCAGAGGAGGUGCCACUGAAGAUCGGAAGGGCUGGAGCAUGUGUGGUGGUGGUGAAACUGCCUUGAGACGGAUGGACACCCCUUUCCCUCCACUCCUCCACCUCCCUUACACCUCCCUUCCUCCUCUCCCCCAUGGGACAAUAACUGGAAGUCACGACUGCGACGCGAGACCUGGGAGGAGGAAAACAGCCGUGACACCUGCUCUCUCUCUCUCUCUCUCUCUCUCUCAGACAGACAGACAGACAGACAGACAAACAGACGUGUUGAACUCACCCUGAAUGCUUAUCGCGAACCUGCUGACGACAAGGCCCAGGAUCAGGAAACGUUCUUGACUCAAUUCUCCCCUUUUUUUGUAAAACACUGAUGAUCAAGAUGACCAGAUUGAGAACAACAACAACAUUCACUUUUGUGCUGUCCUACAAUGCGAAUUCCAAAGCCUUGUCUCAGACAACGGUGAUUGCUUUCACAAGUAGUGAUCGUAAUUUCCACACUGGUGUGACUCAGUCAGAGGGGAAGAAACAGUCACUCACCGAUAUGUACACAGUAAAUUCUGCAGUGCUCAUUUAACACUUAGAGAGUUCAUUUGAGUCCAUUUGGAUUUAAAUGAACUCUGUAAGUGUUGAAUUAACACCACAGCAUUUACUGUGUAAAGGGGUGUGGAGAUCAUGUACCAUAUGACAAAAGCUACAAAAAUGUCUCGUCGUAACCAGGAAAUCACUUCAUGAUUACCUCUUUGUAACUGUACAUCUUCAAAGAUUUCCAUUCUUCACGGCACUUGAGAUGCCCACCAUCAUUCUUUUGGUAUUUUCAGAUAAAAUAAGUACUGUACUAACAUAUUUAGUCCAUUUCUAGAUGUUUUGUGUAUACAAUAUGUAUUUUACCCUCUUUUUUAAGAAUCACUGUGAAUAUUUCCGAUAUUGUGAGCUUGCAACAACAAAAAAAACAUUUGUCUUAUCACACAUAGCAUUCACAAAUAAGACACAACAUCAGUCUUUGUCUACAACCAAAUCUCGGCACGCUGAAGUACUGAGUUGGUUAAUAUUAGUGUUCAUUUUUAAAGUAGCUGACGUACACCAAAGUCAUUAGCACGCAUAGGAGUUUCGUCUUGAUGUCAAUGAAAAUUUACACAAUAGUGAUGAAUAUACAACUACUAUAUCAUAUUGAUAUUUCGCUUUAACUGUAAAGGUUUUUCUCGAGCGUUUGCCAAUGACUGCAACCGUGUUUUUUCUUCAUCUCUUCAAUGUUUCUGACAGACACAUUUUCAAGGGGUUUCUUUUUAGAGCAUGCUGCUUUGAAACAAUUUUUAUGCUUCUCUGAAAAUGUGUUUCUAUUUUCGUAUGACUUUAUGACUAAUAUGAAGUGAUAAACUCAUGAGAAUCGUGUUCCUCAUUUGUCCCCUCAUCCCCUGGUGAGAAACAAAACACAGACACAGACACACACAUACACAUAUACACAUACAUAUACACAUACACGCACACACAUACAGUACAUAUACUCAAUAUACUCAUACGCACAUACACAUAGCCUACACAUACACACAUACACAGACACACACACGCACGCACGCAC